AGUUUGUACCAUAUUUUAGUUGAGUAUAGCUAAGUUGUUUCUGAGAACUAUCACUGAAAAAAAAAAAUGUCUCUGAAGGGUAAGGUGGGGACUGAAAUAGAAAUAAAGUCACCACCUGAGAAGUACUACAACAUCUUUAAGAGCCAAGCCUACCAUGUUCCCAACGCCGCUCCUAACCAUAUACAAGGGGUUGACGUGCAUGAAGGUGAUUGGGAGACCCAUGGCUCUAUUAAAAUCUGGAAAUAUACAGCAGAGGGGGAAUCCGGGGUUUUCAAAGAGAAGGUUGAAUUAGAUGAUGCAAACAGGUCAGUAACUCUUGUUGGAAUUGAAGGAGAUGUCAUGAAGGAUUACAAGACCUUUAAGCCCAUCUAUCAGGUUGUUCCCAAGGGUAUUGGUAGCUUGGCCAAAUUGAGUAUUGAAUACGAGAAACUCAGGGAGGAUGUGCCAGCUCCAAAUAAGUAUGUCACUCUGAUGGUUAAUAUCACCAAAGAUCUUGAUGCACACAUUAUGAAGGCAUAGUAAAAGGAUGCAAUCAUUAGUGCCUGUGUAAUAUAAGCAUAAGACUUGCAGUGAAUUUAUGCAAGUUGUUUAAGUGUGUAACUAUGUUUUGAGAUCAGAACUCUCUAAUGAAGUAGCUAUGGUGUGUAAUAAAAUAAUAAACGGUGGUUGCCAAAGGCUUGUAGGUCAAAUGGCACAUCCAACUCCUUGUGGGAGGCAUGUCAUGGUCAAAUGGAGCCUCAAUCCUUUUACCUAGAAGGAAAUAUUAUUAAAAAAAAAAAGUUUGACGUGUUAUUACAUUUUUUUUUGGGGAGAA